AUGGCGUCCCAGAAUGCUGUGGGCCCACAGCCAAAUGUUCAACGCAUGGUACAAUCCGUUCACACCUUUGCUGACAACUUCACCGAGGAAUUGGCAAGACUACAAAAUGUACCUGCAAUGGCUGAAGGCAACGCAAUUCAGGAUGACAUCACUCGGACUCUCACUAGCCUAGAUCAGAUCCGCGCUCAGAUCCGAACUGGACUGAAUCAGAUGGGCAAUCGAAUGGAUACGUCUGUUGCUCAAAUGACUCAGAUGAACGCUCGAAUGGAUAUGUUUGCUGCUGCAAUCACUCAGAUGAACACUCGAAUGGAUAUGUUUGCCGUUGCAAUCACUCAGAUGAACGCUGCAACCACUCAGAUGAACGGUGCAAUCAAUCAGAUGACCAGUGCAAUCACUCAGGUGGACGCUGCAAUCACUCGGAUGAACAUUGACAUGACCGCGAGCAACAAUCGAAUGAAUCGAGGAUUGAAUGAGUUCACCCUUCGCGUCAAAGCAAUUGAUCGAAACACCAUGGCACGAGUUCAGAAUUCCCUGCUCGCAAAUCCUACAGAUCAACUCGAGUUGCUGGUGGAUCCCUCAACCAAUGGCCCAAUUAGAGGACAUCCCAAAACCCCAGGAGAUAUUACAACAAUGAAACAAGCAACACUUACUGACGUCUUGUUGAAGUUCAACUUGUGUCACCUUGGAGAUCGACUGGCAAAGGAGAAUCGCUUGAGACUGUACAUUGGUCUUCCACCAGUUACUCAUCCAUAAACGAGGUUCUCAGUGGAAGCCAAGUUAGCACAAACUGUAC